AUGAGGCUUCACCUCGUCCUCGUCCUCUCGGCGUGCGCCCGUGCUGCGCUCGGAUCCGACCAGCCCAUCCUUGGCGCGCUCGUGAGCGGUGGCGCCGUCCACAAGAUGAACCGCACCUCGCUCGAGGCGGAGCUUGCACUGCGUGAGACGGAUCACGCGCCGUGGGAGAGCGACGACGUGCUGCGGCUGCGGCUGCACGAAGCGCGCGCGCGGCUGCUCGAGCGGCGCAACGCGCACGUCCUCCACGCCGAGCGUGUCCUCGCGGAGCUGAACGAGCACUCGGGCGCCACCUUCCUGUCCGACCUGCCGCUGGACGCCAUCCUCGCCGACGACAACGCCGUCUUCGCCGCCGCGCUCGGCGGCCGGCUGCUGUCGCAGCUCAACAUGCAGACCGCAGCCGGCUCGCUGCUCGGCGUCGUCCUCUGCCGCUUUGCGCCGCUCGGGAGGCUGCCCAGCCGCGCGCGCCUGCUGCCCCUCACCUCCACGGUGGCGGUGGCGGCGGCGACGGCGACGUUGCUGGGGCUGCUGCAGGCGGCGACGCAAGGCCUGCGGCAGCUCGCCGGCUGCCCGUCCGACUUUGGCCAGAAGCUCGCCGCGGUCACUUGCCGCGACGGUGUUGCCGUCUGGGUGGACUCCGCCGCAUCAGAAGCUGCCGAGGCGGCGGCGGGCGGCGGCAGCGCCUCAGGCGACGAGCCUCCCCGACUCUCGCUGUGGGCGGCGCUGCGGCGCCCCGCCACGCGCGGCGCCAUCCUGCUCCCCAUCCUCCAGCUCGCCGCCGGCAGCUCUAUGGGCGAGGAGGCGAGAUUCGAGAUUUCAGGAGAUGUGGCCGAGAUGUGGCCGAGAUGA